AUGUUCACCCCUGCACUAACUAAUAACAAAGUACACUUAGAUCAAACAAUGAAGAAUAGAAGCUUGGCUGGUAAUUGUGGCAUUGCUGUAUUUGUAAUUGCCCUUGUGACAGUGGCAUUGGCAUUUGGUACGCCUAGUUGGAUUGUCAGCGAUUCAAGGAUAAGAGGCAAUCAGUUAGACAGGCUAGGGCUGUGGAGUCAUUGCUUCAGAUCAUUACCUGACCCGCUAGACCAGUACCAAAGACGUUUUUUGAUGUUGGUUGCCGAUGGGUUUAUGAUCCAUUUACAACAGGAUAUGAUAGAAUCCUUGGUUAUUUGCUUCCAGGGUUUA